AUGUCCACAUCAUUGCCAGAGCUCGUUAAAAGUCUAAGUGUUGCAUUUGAUCUAAAAAAAUAUGACAGUUGUCAAAAGCUUCUGCCUGCUAUUAAAGUAGAGCUCAUUAAGAACAAUUUGGUAAUUCCCGAUCUUUCAAGCCAAAACAAAGCAUAUUUGAAUGAUUUGAAUGUGGCCAAAAGUUUUUUCGAAAUAGGAGCCCUUGUAAGUAUCUACUGCUCGGAUUUGGAAUCGUUUCAAAACUAUUUUGCACAAUUGAGAGUGUUCUACUUCUCCCCCAACCAACAACUAGCGGAAUCUGAGAAUAAAUCCAAAAUAUUAAGUCUUUACAUGUUGAUUUUAUUAUCCCAAGGUGAAAUUACAAAAUUCCAUUCCGAAUUAGAAUUUUUAGACAAGCAUAUCCGUAAUCUGGAAGAGGAUGAAUUACUAUCAUAUCCAAUUAGAGUGGAAAGAUGGUUAAUGGAAGGUUCUUACCAAAAGGCAUGGGACUUAUUGAAGAGUGGAUUAAAGCAACAGGAAUUCGAUGUUUUUACUGGAACUUUGAUGAAUGCGAUUAGAGAAGAAAUCGCACGUAAUACUGAAAUGGCAUAUGAAAAGUUACCACUUUCCAAUAUCAAAGUUUUACUUUUCUUCAACAGUGAAAAGGAAGCCGAGCAUUUUGCUGUACAAAGAGGUUGGAAGGUUGCUAACGGUAGUGUAGAAUUUGAAGAGGAUGAGGAAUCAAAUGAAACACCACUGGAAAAAACACACCUGAUUGAGAAGACCCUCAAUUAUGCAAUUAAUCUAGAGAGCAUUGUAUAA